AUGGCUGAUGAGACUACAGAUGUUGGUCAUUUUGAACAAUUGUCAAUUGUUUUUCGAUAUUUUGAUGAAAAAAAAAAUAGACCAGUUGAAACUUAUAUUACAUUGAAACGAAUGCAAUCUGUUACAGCUCAGGCUAUUUUUGACUGUCUUCAUGAUGUAUUGAUACUUAUGGGAAAAGAUUGGCAUUCAGUUUUAUCAGUUUGCUUUGAUGGUGCUUCAACUAUGGCUGAAAAAAUAUCCAAAGAUGUAGGAAUUAAGUUACUUACAUUAAAGUCGUGUUCUAUUACUCGCUGGGCGUGUCGAGCAGAAGCAGUCAAAUCAGUGCUUAAUAACUAUGAAGUUUUGCUUUUAGCCAUAGAAGAAAUUUGUGAAAGUAGUAGUGUUCCAGAAAUGUGUGCAAAAGGAAUGGGUUUGAAGUAUCAAUUAAAAAGUUUUGACUUUAUUUUUGGGCUGUAUUUAUUGAAUCCUAUAUUAAAUAUAAUAUUAAAGACAAGUUCUUUAUUACAGUCGCCAAACAUGGAUCUUGUACUAGCAGUAAACAGUGUACAGUCUUUAGUACAAAACUUGAUGGCUAUGAGGAAUAGUGAUGAAGAGUUUAGAAAUAUUUAUCAACAGUCAGUAGAACUUUGUCAUAAAAAUGAUGAACUCAUUUCUGGCAUCAACUCGAGGUUUAACCAAGAAAUUGUGCAAUUAGUUCAAGCUGUAGCAAGUAUGAUUCGUCUAGACACUACGCCUGUAAUGAUUUCAAUAUUAUCAAAUUUUGCAAAUGUCCCGGUAGAGAAAUUACAAUCUGAGAUAAAACUAUUAAAAUAUUUACCAGCUACUGAUGGUAAACCAGAUAGGUACUAA